CAGUUCGAAACAGAGCAAUAAGUGACAUGGACAUGUCGACGGGGAGAACGAAGUUCUUGUACUGGUGCGAUCGUUUUGUCACGAAGUAUGUGGAUGAGAGGAACGGAGGAAGCCAUCAGAACUGCAACAGCGUUGGCCCCGACAGGGCUGUCCAUGGCGCUGAAGCCCAUCCUCGGACCAGCAUGCAAGACGCGUAUCGUAGAAACAAAAGGGAAAGCAACCUUCAAGAUGGGGAGACGGAUGCAUCGGACAGGCCCCGGCAUCGUGAUCGAUCCUGCCUUCGUGUCCGCUUUGCCGAUCCACUCGUUCGGGCGCGGUACUGCCCUAAGUUCUGCAUAACUCAAGAGUUGGAUGCUCACGUGACCUUCGACGUGGGUCGGCAUGGCCCUCUCAGUCUUGUCAACGAGACGAGUGAAAGACACGAUGACGUCGACGAAGAUGUAGUUCAAGUUCUUUUUGCCUACGUUUGCGGUCAAGCAAGAGCCUUCUGGGGUUUCGACAAGGAGGGUUGCAUUUCGAGCAAUGAAGCGCUCCUGUGUUCACUAGGCGACUGUCUCUUUGAAAGUAAGGCGGCCAAGCUACCUUUUGAGGAUUGUUUUCAGCAAGAAGCAUGCUCGACCAGUGGAAACAUAGAUAAGUCAGGUCUCGACUCCGUGUAAAUCGCACCAACAAAAGUUCAAGCGACCUUACAAGUCGUUCGUAUCCCGCUCUGUCCAACACGAGUGAGAUCUGCUCUACAAUUCCCUUACGCUAGAAAGAAACUAUGUAUCCCCUUGUACCAAAUAUAUCUGUCAUUCC